AUGGAAGCAGCAGAUGAGGAGAAGCCCCUGCUUAAUGCACAGACCAAUCCUCAGGAUGUAGGUUCAGAAUAUACCAGCGAUGGUUCAGUCGAUAUCAACAAACGGCCUGCUCUGAAGGGAAGUACAGGCCGUUGGAGGGCAUGCUACAUGAUUUUAGGUGUUGAGUUCUGCGAAUGCGUGGCCUUCUUCGCGGUCUCGAGGAACUUGGUAACCUAUCUCACCACCGUGCUCCACGAAAGCAAAGUCGCCGCCGCGAGAAAUGUCUCCGCCUGGGUCGGCGCCAGCUUCCUCACGCCGCUCAUCGGAGCCUUCUUGGCCGACACCUACCUGGGAAGAUACUGGACAAUAGUUGCUUCCCUCCCAGUCCACAUCCUUGGAAUGCUGGUCCUCGCAGUGUCAGCAUCAGCCCCAGCAUCUUCCUACAGCGGCGGCGAGGUUCAUCGCACCAUGGUGUACGCGGGGCUCUAUCUCGCCGCGCUCGGCGGCGGCGGCAUCAAGCCCUGCACGUCGACCUUCGGGGCCGACCAGUUCGACGGCGCCGACCCGGCGGAGCUGGCCAAGAAGGGCUCCUUCUUCAACUGGUACUACUUCAUGAUCAACCUCAGCUCCCUCCUGUCGAGCACGCUGCUUGUCUGGCUGCAGGACAAUGUCGGGUGGGGGGUCAGCUUCGCGAUCCCGACGGCGCUCAUGGCCUUGGCCCUCGCAGUGUUUCUUGGUGGCUCCAGGGUGUACAGGUUUAGAGAACCCACAGUGAGCCCCUUCACCAGCCUCUCCCAGGUGGUCGUCGCGGCCCUCAGCAAGUGGCGUAUGCAGCUGCCGGACGACGUCUCCCUUUUCCACGAGCUCACCGGUUCGUCUGAAUCAGGCCACAUGAUUCAGCAUACGAGUCAGUUCAGAUUCCUCGACAAGGCUGCCAUGAUGCUGCCCCACUCGGACAAAACAUGCGUGGCGCCGCCGACGAGUUCUUGGAGGCUCUGCACGGUGACACAGGUCGAAGAGCUCAAGAUACUGCUGCGGAUGUUCCCCGUCUGGGCAUCUUUCGUGAUCUUCCACGCCGUCACCGGCCAGCUGUCGUCGACGUUCAUCGAGCAGGGGAUGGUCAUGGACAACCGCGUCGGCGGGUUCGCCAUCCCGCCCGCCUCCCUCUCCAUCUUCGGCGUCUUCAGCGUGCUCGUCUGGGUGCCCGUCUACGAGACCGUGCUGGUGCCGCUCGCCCGGCGCUGCACCGGCAACGUCAAGGGCUUCUCGCAGACGCAGCGGCUCGGGGUCGGCUUCGCGCUGUCCGCGCUGACCAUGGUCUACUCGGCGGCGCUCGAGACGAAGAGGCUGGCGGUCGCGCGAGCCAGCGGCCUGGCCGGGCAGAACGUGCCGGUGCCGAUGAGCAUCCUGUGGCAGGCGCCGUCGCACGUCCUGCACGGCGCGGCGGGGGCCUUCGCCGGCAUCGGCAUGACGGAGUUCUUCUACGACCAGGCCCCGUGCGCCAUGAAGAGCCUCUGCGCGGCGUUCGCGCAGCUCUCAAUCGCGUCCGGGUUCUACUUCAACACGGUUGUGCUCAGUGUCGUGGCGGCGGUCACCACGCGUGGCGGGGCGCCUGGGUGGAUCCCAGACAACCUCAACGAAGGGCAUCUCGACUAUUUCUUCUGGAUGAUGGCUGCUCUCAGCUUACUCAACCUGGCGCAGUUUGUGCACUACUCCAUGCGGUGUAGAGAGAAGACAGCUUCUUCACCCUAA